AUGCUUCCGAAACUGCUCCUAGCCUUCGUGGCACUAGUGGUGGUGAUGCUGGUGGGGACGGCGGAGGCCCAGACAGGGAAAGCAGCAGGGAGCCGGAUGGCGGCGAGUCUGGAAGAACAAGUGGGUGUGGCCGGAAUUAAGAAGAUGGCGGAGGAGUUCAUCCAGCCGGCGGCGGGCCGAAUCUUCAGGAGGAAGCUUCAGCAGAGGGAUCGGUACAUUACGUACCAAGCGCUGAGGGCGAACAGCAUCCCUUGCGGGUGGAAAGGCAACUCCUACUACGACUGCAGCUACCGCAUCCGGGCUAACCCCUACACCCGAGGUUGCACCGAAGCCACCCGCUGCUUCCGAUACACCCAUUGA